AUGUUGCUCAAGAUUGUGUUCUAUCUAGCUCCUAUGAUUCUUGUUCCGUACCUCGUCAUAGCGGCACAAGCGUCGGUGGUACCCAAUAUAUUCCUAAAGGCGUAUGGAGAAGACCUCGCGCUGACCAUCACAACCUAUGCUGCCGGGGUCAAAUCGUUUCUGAGCUUCAUAACAGGUCCACUUGUAGGCAUUGCAUCAGAUUUCUACGGUCGAAAG